AUGGCAUCCACUACUACCUUCCUCAAUCUCCCAGCAGAGAUUCACCUCAUGAUCUGCGAGUAUCUUGACCCUGCCUCGGCAGUGGCAUUGAAAAAUGCAAAUAAGUACCUCCGGUCCGCCGUUACCGUCAAGGAUCCAAAGUACUUCAAGUCGGAAGAUUUCAAUGUUUACCACCUGACGCUAGAAAUGUGGCCAGAGUACACGGGUCACUUCUUUUGUUUCGAAUGUUGGAUAUUUCUGCCGGCUGACAACUUUACCGACGAGCAAAUCACCGGCAAAUGCGGAAAAAAUGGCUACGCAGCGUCGAGGAGAUUCUGCAUCUCCUGUGGCACAAACGGGGGAACUUACCAUCCUUACCACAAUACCGCCAUGGAUGACCAGAUGGCAUAUUAUUACCGACACCCGCAGUGA